AUAAGCAAAAGCCACUAUCUAUUCAGUUUGUCCUUAUCGAUCAAGUCAUUCGCUAAUUUCAUGACAGAAAUGCGAAGCUCGAAUGGAAUUCCAUUAUUUACCACAUAAAUUUCCACCUUCCACCCGAACUUUCCAUCUUGAUGGCUUCGUCGCUUAAAAUUUCAUUUACUUGGAUAGUAACGUUGUUGGAAAUUUCAUGGCUAAUUACGAAUAGUCGAGCGCAGUUCAGAAAAUACGUAACUUUGGAUCACCGGGAUGUGAUUAAUGCCACAAGGGAGCAUUAUGGGACGGUGUUUUUCUUACACGCGGCAGCUGAUGCCGGAGAAGAUUGCAUGAAUCAAGUCGGUUAUGCUAUUCCUGAAUUAAGUUUUCCUCAUGUUAAAGUUGUGUUUCCAACCGCGCCCAUGGAUAUUUAUAAUGGUUUCGAUGGCGACCAUUGCCACAUAUGGUUUAACCGCUACAGAAUCGUAUAUAAAACAUUCGAAGAUGAUAAAUCGAUCGAACGAACGUACAGAUCAUUCAAAGAUCUUAUCGAUGCCGAAGUUCAAAAAGGAAUACCAUUGAAUCGAAUCAUCGUUGGUGGAUUCGGUAUGGGUGGAUCGUUCGCAAUGCACGUCGGUUACAAAUAUAACAUGGAUAUCGCCGGAGUCUUCGCCAUGGGUACAUUUCUCACUCUGAAUUCAACUGUUUACAAGACAUUAGACGAUCGACCAGUAUACCAAAGACUACCCCGUCUACUGAUGACACACGGCGAAGCGGAUACAGAAAUACCUUUCACUUGGGGGCAUUCUACUUUUGUGAAUUUACACGACCACGGUGUCAGAGGGAAUCUGUAUCAUGAACAACUUGGUCUUCACGAGAUAUCUCCCAAGCAAGUGCAAGCAGUUAUUAAAUUCAUCAAGCAGACUAUCCCAGAUCCUAAUCCCGAUCCAAAAACUACCACUACCGAAGAAAAUUCGCAAUUUAUGGUUCCCAGUAUGGAAGACGACGAUAUAUGGUGAACAAUCCCAAAUCGAUGAAACAAUUGGAUAUUUUUAUCAAUUUUUUUCGUAAAUUUAUUAUCAUCAAAUUUUU